CCAUAUUAUUCUUUCCCAUCAAAGCUUCUGCAAUUCUGUGCAUGCAAAAUGGCGAUCGAGUGCAUGACAUCAUCAUCACCGGUGGAAUCGAAAGCCGAUAAUGCGGCGUUUGGAGGGUCGGUCGAGUUCAAGGCGGAGACGGUGGUGCCGGAGAAGUUCAUAUGGCCGGACGAGAUGAAGCCGGAGGACUCAGUCCCGGAGCUCCACGUCCCACAUAUUGACAUGAAGAAGUUUUUAUCUGGAGAGGAAGGUGCUGUUGAGGAGGCCAUGCGGCUGGUGGACGAGGCUUGUAGAAAACAUGGCUUCUUCGUGGUGGUGAACCAUGGCGUGGACAUGGGAAUCAUGAGAGAUCUCCAUAAGUGCAUGGAUGAGUUCUUUGAAUUGCCUCUCGACCACAAGCAGAAGGCUCAGAGGAAGUUCGGAGAUUCCUAUGGUUAUGCUAGCAGCUUCCUUGGCAGAUUCUCCACCAAACUUCCAUGGAAGGAGACCUUCUCCCUUCGCUAUCUUUCUAAUGAAGAUCACUCCUCUGCUGUGCAUGACUAUGUUUGCGACACUCUUGGCCAAGAAUUCUCCCACCACGGGAAAGUGUAUCAAGAGUGCAGCAAAGCAAUGGCGGAGCUGAGUUUGGAGAUAGUGGAGCUUUUGGGGAUGAGCCUUGGCCUGGGAAGGGAAGAGUUCAAGAAAGUGUAUGAGGAUAAUGAUUCAAUACUGAGGCUUAACUUCUAUCCACGAUGCGAGAAUCCAGAGCUGACGUUGGGGACAGGGCCUCACUGCGAUCCCACCUCUAUAACCAUCCUUCACCAAGACCAUGUGAGCGGCCUUCAAGUCCACGUCGAUGAUCAGUGGUACUCAAUCCCUCCCACCCCCGACUCCUUUGUCGUCAACAUCGGUGACACGUUCAUGGCUCUAACGAACGGGUUGUACAAGAGCUGCUUCCACCGGGCGGUGGUGAACUGCAAAGAAGCAAGAAAAUCAGUGGCCUUCUUUCUGUGUCCGGCUGCGGAGAAAUUGGUGAGGGCGCCGGAGGAGCUGGUGGUGAAGAAUCCUCCGAGGAAGUUUCCAGAUUUCACGUGGCCAAUGCUGCUGGAGCUGACCCAGAAGUUCUACAGGGCCGAUUCCAACACUUUGGAAGCCUUCACUGCUUGGCUUCAACAGCAGAAAUUAGGCACUGCUGCGUCCAAUGAUAAUAAUAAUUAAUAACAAUUAUUAUUGUUCCCGGCCAUCUCUCUGAAACAACGUUAAACACAGCCUCUACUCCGAUCCUCUAUGUGGCAGCUCUCCUUAGUUUAGUUAGUUUAUAUUUGUUAAUAAGUUUCAGAGUUUAAAUUUGUAGGGAAAAGAAGAAGAAGAUCUUGUAGUGUUUCUCUUUUGUGUUGUUUUGGACACUGCCAGAAAAGUUUAAUACACACAUAUACAUAUCUUCUCUCUU